AUGCGAGCCUCCUAUGCGCUUCUUCUCCCUCUGUUUUCCUUCGGAGUCGCCCAUACCGCAUCCAUUAAGCGGCAGGACCAAAGCCCCGAGACCGGUACAAUAGUCAACCCCGCCGUCGGCACCGCGAUCGACCCCGGUGCGAGCUUCGCCUUCAACUACAGCACGAACAACUGGUGCCACCAGGGCUACAGCCUCUUCACCGUGUGGCUCACUCCAGGCCCCGACGCGCCGACGUACGCGGAUGUCACUUCCACGAAUGGGAACGCAGGGGACAGUGUCGGGAUACUGGAGGAAGGCACGUACCUGUACGACUUUGGCGAGUUCGUGGUGAACAAUUUUCGGAGGUUGGCUGAUUUGGCGAUCGAAGCGGGUGAACUUCCGCCCACGAGCACUCCGCCUCCUGCUGCGCUCACUAUGCCCAACCUGCUCGAGCUGAACGGCACUUCGUACAGCAACGCAACGUUCUAUAUCGCUGUCGUCGACACGUUCCAGGAUUGUCCUCCUUCGGUUCCGAUUGAGCUCGGGUUGACCUCACAUUCGAUCGUGUACAACGCCACUACCAGCACUUGA